UGUGUCAAAUUCGAUGUCGUAUAUAUCAAAGACUGGCGUUCAAUGGCGUAGUUCACUUCGUUUUGCUGCAUAUUUCAUUAGAAGGAAUGUUCACCGUUGUUACUUUGAUCGAACAUCAGCAAUUUCGAGUGCUGACAGUUCCGACGUCCUGGAUUAAAGAUGGACUAUUAAUGUGGCCAACGAAACUGCCGAAUAACAAAAUUAAUAAAAUGAGACGAUAGGGUACAGAGUAUCAUGGAUCUGUUAAAUCAAUACCAAUAAUAAUAAACCGCAAGUUCCGUAAUUUUAAGUCGGCUGAAGUGGAGGCCGAUAUAAUUUUAAAAAGUGAAUCGCUUAAGAAAAACAGCAACAAUGAACGUUCCGAAUAUCCGGAAAGAGAGAAAAAGUAUAACACGAUUUGCCAAGAUAUUAUAAAUUCUCGUGGCCCAAAAUCGUGCCUUCUGCAGCAUAAUAUUUACUCCUCGUCUCAAGAACCAUUAUCCACAAUUAACCAUGAAGAAAUUGCCUCGGAUUUACCAGGAACAUCUAAAAUGACGGAAGCGUCGCAACAGAUAACAUCAUUUUUCAAUAACGAAUCGUUUUGCAAAUCAUUCCUAACACCACCCUCCUCAAAAUCUUUCCAACAAAAUGAUUCCAAUGAUUCAAGUAAUUUAACGAAAUUGGAACAUGUAAUAGACGGAUUUGAGAAAAAACAAAGAACAAUUAUCUUCUGUAGAAGCAGCUGUUACAAAAUGUUUCGAACAAAAUUUUGCACGCUUGGCAUCUUUAUUGGAGAUUAAUAAGAAGACUGAACAAACUAAGCCUAAUAUAAAAAUAGGCUUGGAAAAAUGGAACUUGGUAACAAACGAAGAAGAACUUAUAGAGUUGAACGAUAAACUAGAUGAUUAUGAGCUCCGUACAAAUUAUCUUGAAUAUUUCUCAAAAGUUGUUUUGCCAAACUCCUAUGCAGGUAAAGGAGACGACGCAUGCUAUAUCAUCGUUGAUUGCCUUUUUUCACGUGAAUUUUGGAAUUGUUUUACGUGGACCGGAAUAAAUCGCGGGCAAAAGAAAUCCAGUCGAGGAUUCCGUCAAUUUGGAAAUGUUACAAAACUAUUAUUGGAUAUUGUUCAAAUUGGAGAUCCUCUGUACACGUUUCAAAAAUUAUAAGUUUUCUGUAAAACGCGAUUGUUCCGCUACACGAAAGCACGAUCUUCAAAUAAACAACUUCGAAGGUCAGCUUGUCGUCGUAGAAAAAACACAACAGAGAAGGUUAACUGUAAAAGUUAUAACACUUCAGAUGAACGAAUCCACGGAAACUCUGCUAUCGAAGAUGAACAAACAGAGAAUGAUGAAUUCAUAGAUGAACAUUACGAAACCAUAUCAUUACUGAAUGAAGAUAUGUAUGAAGCUGUGAACAAUGAAAUAUUUGUGCCAACAAACAAUGGAGAAAAUUCGAACGAAGAAGAAUAUUUGGAUGAAAACUAUGACUUAUGCUACUGACCUCAACGUUCGGUUCGGUACGGCAUACUCGUUGGAAUAGUAUAAAAAAGGCCAUAUUAACAAAAAUCGUUUUGUUAUGGAUAAAUUAUAAUUUAUUGUUUAAUGAUCUCUAAUAAUUAUAAGAUUUAUUCUAAUGUAUGUAAAAGAGGAAUAAAUACAGUGUCAUCUUCAUCAGCUAUUGUAAGUAAUUUACACAUGAUCAGGCCUACAUCAUAGUAUCUAACGUCUGACAUAUUCUCUGUGUGUAUCUUAGCGACAUAUAUAUCUAGAAAAGAAGAUUUCAUUGGGUUUUGCAAAAAAUCACGUUUUAGUUUCAAACAUUUGCCUUUGAUUAACCAAGAUGAUUUGUUCUUUUCAGCUCCAACUACACUAAUAAUGUUUGAAUCGUUAGUCAUAAACCAGUUAUCUUUGAAAUCAGUACUGAGAAUGAAUGUAGAAAAUAUUAUUUUACAUUUGCUUUCACAGUGUUCUACUGAAAUGACUUGAUUUUUUUUAGUUUUAUUCGAAUUCAUAGUAAUAGAUACGUCAUGUUUCAUUGAUUCUGAUAGUCGAUUUGCCACUUGGAUAAGAGAAUUUACUCCGGGGUGUACUAAUUUUUUCAAAAAGUGUAAAGAAUUUUCGAAAGGAUAAGCUGAUAAUGUUGAUAACAUUCCAAAUUUUUCCACUUCAUCAACGAUAUGGCAUAAGUUAUGCAUAUUACUUGUUAUAUAUUGAAUACCGUACAGCAAUUUGAAAUUAUUUAUGAAGUCGAUGAAUAAUUCACUGGCGACAGGUAGAAAAUGCUUGUAUCUUGUGGCAGAACAUAUACGGGUUGCACAAAAUAAUGUCGAAAAGUGAUUAUAGGUAAAUACUUGGUAAAUACUCUUGGUAAAUACUUUUUUAAUAGAACUAUGCCAACGUAGUUUUAAAAAUAUCUAUAUUCAAGACCUUUCCAAAGAGAAAUAAAUUCUAAAGAACGCAUACGACGAUGCAAUUCUGAUGGGAACGUUAUGCUACACAAGAACUUCGAGAUCUCAUUUUUUUCAAAUGUACUCCAUUUUAGUUUACUAGUUAGAGAUCCCGUGCGCCAUCCAUUGAGAAGCCUACGCAUCACCCCCAAUUCUAACAGAUGUAAAGAAUCGGCUACAAUGACAUCUUCUAUUAUAUCAAUUGGUAGUUUUGCAAGAGGAGUAUCAAGAACUUGAUGACAUUGAUAUUUUUUUUCGCGAAACAUCUCGUCCAUUGGUUUAGGAGCAUUGAGAUCUGGAUAAAUCAUUGUGCGGGAUGUAUGACAGUAUUGUCCCUCUGUAGUACAUUUAAUACAACCAAAUUUACCGUUAAAAUUCACAACCCCUUUGAUGAAUGAUCUUGCUGGGGUAUCACAUAUAAAACAACGGAUCUUAACUGUUAAAAUGUGACCAUUUACUACUAAUCCUGAUUUCAAUAUUGGCAAUAUUUCAUCCACGAAGGGUGAAAGAUAUUCAAACACACAUUUCGGUUUACCAAUUCCAUGAAAAAUACCAAUUACCACAGGAGGAAUAUCUGGCUGUUCAUAUAUGUUGCAUACAAUAGGCCAGAAGUUACGCAUUGAAUUUCUGAACAGUGGUAAACCAUCUAUGUUGAUAUUAAGCGAUAUUGUCAUAGGCAUAGUAAGAUUAUUGAAAGAACGUUUAAGGCAUAAUUCCAAUCCUUGAUGCCAAUAUUGUCCAUUCCCUUACAUAUUGAGUAUGGUUACACUUUUUGGUAUCUGCAUCAGAGUCCUUGGAUCACGUGGCAUAUUCAAUUCCAGGUUCGUUUUCAAAAUAGUAAUCAGUGAUUUCAGUGCAGUUUGAGAUAUCCGAUAUUCAGAAGUCCAUUUUUGUAAAUCCAUAAAAAAUCUAUGGUUUCCUGUAAUAGAUUGAAAUUGAACACGUUUUAUGAAAUCAUUAAAAAUUAAAAUUAAAUUACCAUCAUCAAUUAAGUCAUUGAAUUGCUCCAUUCCUGGAAUCAAAUUAAAAUCCAAAUUGUUUUGUUUUGUGGAUUCGUUCAACAUUCCAUUUUCAUCUGUUAAUUGAUUAUGAGUUUCGCUCAUAUUUGUUUCGAUCCGUUUAGCUUCUCUCCAGCGAUUGCGAUGUUUUGUGAGUAAUCGACUAUAAGAGCCACUUUUUUUAAAUGUAAUUAUUUUGUUCUUCCGCAUGUGAUCAGACAUUGCUGUUAUGAAAUGAAACUUGUCAAUAUUAAAGCAUUUCAUUGACAUUUCAAUGAGAUGUAAUAUGUUUUUAUUAGGAUCUAAUAUGAUUUACUGUUUCAUGAUUUUCUUCAGCAUGCAACACGAUUUACUGCAGUACUGAAUCGAUUUAAACUAUACGCUUAUACGACACACAAACUGCAUCAGCGUGAUAUCCCAGCAAACAUUAAAUCGUAUAAUUUUGCACUUGCUAAGUCUUACAAGAAAUCAGAAUAAAUCAUAAUCGCAUAUAAUAUCAAUCAAAGUAUGUAUCGUGUAUAUUUGAAAUCGCACAAAAUGUAAAAACUCGAUUUUAUAUAUCAUUAUCAAAAUAAGUCGCAUUUCGGUAUAAUAAACAUCAGUUUUAUGAUGUACAUUGUCGUAAAAUAGAUUUAAUCUGCAUCAUAUGCGUAUAUCACGCUGAUGCAGUUUGUGUGUCGUAUAAGCGUAUAGUUUAAAUCGAUUCAGUACUGCAGUAAAUCGUGUUGCAUGCUGAAGAAAAUCAUGAAACAGUAAAUCAUAUUAGAUCCUAAUAAAAACAUAUUACAUCUCAUUGAAAUGUCAAUGAAAUGCUUUAAUAUUGACAAGUUUCAUUUCAUAACAGCAAUGUCUGAUCACAUGCGGAAGAACAAAAUAAUUACAUUUAAAAAAAGUGGCUCUUAUAGUCGAUUACUCACAAAACAUCGCAAUCGCUGGAGAGAAGCUAAACGGAUCGAAACAAAUAUGAGCGAAACUCAUAAUCAAUUAACAGAUGAAAAUGGAAUGUUGAACGAAUCCACAAAACAAAACAAUUUGGAUUUUAAUUUGAUUCCAGGAAUGGAGCAAUUCAAUGACUUAAUUGAUGAUGGUAAUUUAAUUUUAAUUUUUAAUGAUUUCAUAAAACGUGUUCAAUUUCAAUCUAUUACAGGAAACCAUAGAUUUUUUAUGGAUUUACAAAAAUGGACUUCUGAAUAUCGGAUAUCUCAAACUGCACUGAAAUCACUGAUUACUAUUUUGAAAACGAACCUGGAAUUGAAUAUGCCACGUGAUCCAAGGACUCUGAUGCAGAUACCAAAAAGUGUAACCAUACUCAAUAUGAAAGGGAAUGGACAAUAUUGGCAUCAAGGAUUGGAAUUAUGCCUUAAACGUUCUUUCAAUAAUCUUACUAUGCCUAUGACAAUAUCGCUUAAUAUCAACAUAGAUGGUUUACCACUGUUCAGAAAUUCAAUGCGUAACUUCUGGCCUAUUGUAUGCAACAUAUAUGAACAGCCAGAUAUUCCUCCUGUGGUAAUUGGUAUUUUUCAUGGAAUUGGUAAACCGAAAUGUGUGUUUGAAUAUCUUUCACCCUUCGUGGAUGAAAUAUUGCCAAUAUUGAAAUCAGGAUUAGUAGUAAAUGGUCACAUUUUAACAGUUAAGAUCCGUUGUUUUAUAUGUGAUACCCCAGCAAGAUCAUUCAUUAAAGGGGUUGUGAAUUUUAACGGUAAAUUUGGUUGUAUUAAAUGUACUACAGAGGGACAAUACUGUCAUACAUCCCGCACAAUGAUUUAUCCAGAUCUCAAUGCUCCUAAACCAAUGGACGAGAUGUUUCGCGAAAAAAAAUAUCAAUGUCAUCAAGUUCUUGAUACUCCUCUUGCAAAACUACCAAUUGAUAUAAUAGAAGAUGUCAUUGUAGCCGAUUCUUUACAUCUGUUAGAAUUGGGGGUGAUGCGUAGGCUUCUCAAUGGAUGGCGCACGGGAUCUCUAACUAGUAAACUAAAAUGGAGUACAUUUGAAAAAAAUGAGAUCUCGAAGUUCUUGUGUAGCAUAACGUUCCCAUCAGAAUUGCAUCGUCGUAUGCGUUCUUUAGAAUUUAUUUCUCUUUGGAAAGGUCUUGAAUAUAGAUAUUUUUAAAACUACGUUGGCAUAGUUCUAUUAAAAAAGUAUUUACCAAGAGUAUUUACCAAGUAUUUACCUAUAAUCACUUUUCGACAUUAUUUUGUGCAACCCGUAUAUGUUCUGCCACAAGAUACAAGCAUUUUCUACCUGUCGCCAGUGAAUUAUUCAUCGACUUCAUAAAUAAUUUCAAAUUGCUGUACGGUAUUCAAUAUAUAACAAGUAAUAUGCAUAACUUAUGCCAUAUCGUUGAUGAAGUGGAAAAAUUUGGAAUGUUAUCAACAUUAUCAGCUUAUCCUUUCGAAAAUUCUUUACACUUUUUGAAAAAAUUAGUACACCCCGGAGUAAAUUCUCUUAUCCAAGUGGCAAAUCGACUAUCAGAAUCAAUGAAACAUGACGUAUCUAUUACUAUGAAUUCGAAUAAAACUAAAAAAAAUCAAGUCAUUUCAGUAGAACACUGUGAAAGCAAAUGUAAAAUAAUAUUUUCUACAUUCAUUCUCAGUACUGAUUUCAAAGAUAACUGGUUUAUGACUAACGAUUCAAACAUUAUUAGUGUAGUUGGAGCUGAAAAGAACAAAUCAUCUUGGUUAAUCAAAGGCAAAUGUUUGAAACUAAAACGUGAUUUUUUGCAAAACCCAAUGAAAUCUUCUUUUCUAGAUAUAUAUGUCGCUAAGAUACACACAGAGAAUAUGUCAGACGUUAGAUACUAUGAUGUAGGCCUGAUCAUGUGUAAAUUACUUACAAUAGCUGUUGAAGAUGACACUGUAUUUAUUCCUCUUUUACAUACAUUAGAAUAAAUCUUAUAAUUAUUAGAGAUCAUUAAACAAUAAAUUAUAAUUUAUCCAUAACAAAACGAUUUUUGUUAAUAUGGCCUUUUUUAUACUAUUCCAACGAGUAUGCCGUACCGAACCGAACGUUGAGGUCAGUAGCAUAAGUCAUAGUUUUCAUCCAAAUAUUCUUCUUCGUUCGAAUUUUCUCCAUUGUUUGUUGGCACAAAUAUUUCAUUGUUCACAGCUUCAUACAUAUCUUCAUUCAGUAAUGAUAUGGUUUCGUAAUGUUCAUCUAUGAAUUCAUCAUUCUCUGUUUGUUCAUCUUCGAUAGCAGAGUUUCCGUGGAUUCGUUCAUCUGAAGUGUUAUAACUUUUACAGUUAACCUUCUCUGUUGUGUUUUUUCUACGACGACAAGCUGACCUUCGAAGUUGUUUAUUUGAAGAUCGUGCUUUCGUGUAGCGGAACAAUCGCGUUUUACAGAAAACUUAUAAUUUUUGAAACGUGUACAGAGGAUCUCCAAUUUGAACAAUAUCCAAUAAUAGUUUUGUAACAUUUCCAAAUUGACGGAAUCCUCGACUGGAUUUCUUUUGCCCGCGAUUUAUUCUGGUCCACGUAAAACAAUUCCAAAAUUCACGUGAAAAAAGGCAAUCAACGAUGAUAUAGCAUGCGUCGUCUCCUUUACCUGCAUAGGAGUUUGGCAAAACAACUUUUGAGAAAUAUUCAAGCUGAAAAUAUUAGAAAAUGUCUUAUAAUAGAAAGGGAAUUAUUUAUAUUAAAAGGUACAUACAUAAUUUGUACGGAGCUCAUAAUCAUCUAGUUUAUCGUUCAACUCUAUAAGUUCUUCUUCGUUUGUUACCAAGUUCCAUUUUUCCAAGCCUAUUUUUAUAUUAGGCUUAGUUUGUUCAGUCUUCUUAUUAAUCUCCAUUAAAGAUGCCAAGCGUGCAAAAUUUUGUUCGAAACAUUUUGUAACAGCUGCUUCUACAGAAGAUAAUUGUUCUUUGUUUUUUCUCAAAUCCGUCUAUUACAUGUUCCAAUUUCGUUAAAUCACUUGAAUCAUCUUAAAUUACAGGUAUAUUAAGGUACGGAAUGUUAAAAUGUGUUAUACAAUGAUGAAUAUUUCUACUCACUGGAAUCAUUUUGUUGGAAAGAUUUUGAGGAGGGUGGUGUUAGGAAUGAUUUGCAAAACGAUUCGUUAUUGAAAAAUGAUGUUAUCUGUUGCGACGCUUCCGUCAUUUUAGAUGUUCCUAGAAUGAUAACAAAAAAAUAAGGUUACAAAGGAUGUAAAUAUUUGAUAUUUCGUGUGGUUACCUGGUAAAUCCGAGGCAAUUUCUUCAUGGUUAAUUGUGGAUAAUGGUUCUUGAGACGAGGAGUAAAUAUUAUGCUGCAGAAAUCGUGCCCUGAAAUGGGCCACGAGAAUUUAUAAUAUCUGAAAUGAAAACAUUUACAGAACUAGAAAUUCUAAUUAGAGAUUAUUUUACCUUGGCAAAUCGUGUUAUACUUUUUCUCUCUUUCCGGAUAUUCGGAACGUUCAUUGUUGCUGUUUUUCUUAAGCGAUUCACUUUUUAAAAUUAUAUCGGCCUCCACUUCAGCCGACUUAAAAUUACGGAACUUGCGGUUUAUUAUUAUUGGUAUUGAUUUAACAGAUCCAUGAUACUCUGUACCCUCUCGUCUCAUUUUAUUAAUUUUGUUAUUCGGCAGUUUCGUUGGCCACAUUAAUAGUCCAUCUUUAAUCCAGGACGUCGGAACUGUCAGCACUCGAAAUUGCUGAUGUUCGAUCAAAGUAACAACGGUGAACAUUCCUUCUAAUGAAAUAUGCAGCAAAACGAAGUGAACUACGCCAUUGAACGCCAGUCUUUGAUAUAUACGACAUCGAAUUUGACACAUUGCAUCGCACCGCUUUGCAAGGUUGCCAGAUUGAUUUAUUAUAUUUAUUAUAAUAGUAAUCAGAACUUAGUUGGAUAUGAUUGAGAAAACAAAUUGUACAGUGAAAAUUUUCAAUGAUAUUAUAUAUUCGGUGUCUAUGAUAGGGAAAUCAAAGAUCCUCUUAUCUUUGCAACAUAGUUAAAUAAUAAAAUCGGCAACCAGGAAUGACUGAUCCUACUGCAUAAAAUAUAGCCGCGCGAGAUAGCUGGUGGAUGAUAAUCCAGACGACCGGAGUUCGAACCCACAACGGAGCAGUUUUCACCAAACACCAAUCUGUGCCAUUUUAAACAUUCAUAUUCCACUCCCAACAUAAGUCAAUUAAAUAAUUAUUAUAUCUACAAACAUAAAUACUCAUAUAUAAAAAUGGCGAUUCGUGA